AUGCCAGGCCCUUGUCACCACCAUGCCCCUGUCCCCCCUCCUAUGCCAUUGUCCCCCCUGCCCAUCCCAUGCCAUGUCCCCUCCCUGCCCCGUCAUGCCCCCGAUACCCCGGUCAAUCCCCAUCCCCUUCACCACCCCAUGCCUGUCACCACCCCCUGGCCAUAUUCACCCCCGCCCCAUGCUCCAGUCACCCCCCAUGCCCCUGUCACUGUACCACCAUGCCCCUGUCACCACCCCCCCCUUGUCACCACCCCCAUGCCCCUGUCACCACCGCCUGGCCCAUAUCAACCCCUAUCCCCCUUUUUUAAGUAUCGCUCCCAUACUAGCAUUGGAGCGUCCUUUUUGCCUGCGCACUUGAUACAUCAUGUCCCCGGCUGCGUCCAUCCUGAGAAUUAA